AUGGAUCUCGAUUGGUGCCUAAUAUGUGAACAAAAAACUUUGGGAAGCCUUUAUUGUAGCGACGAUUGUCAGCACAAAGAUUACUUAUCGGCGUAUGAUUUCCUGACCCCUCCCGCUUCACCGACUAAUCAUCUACCAUCAUCGACCAUCGGUAGUAUAAAUCACGACAAUGAAGCGAAUGACAGCAACGACGAUAAGAAUCUGACGAAAGCAAACAAAUUGAUCGAUUUGCUUAUUCCCCUUUCCCCAAAUCAUUCACCGCCAAGAGAUAGUACAAUGACGACAAUGUCUACUUCAAAAGUGUCGGUGCCAAACAAUCCAUCCAAUGCGAAGAAUAAAAAGAUCUCUGCUACAACUUUUACCGUUAUCUCAACAACCAUUGAUAAAAGUAACAUAGAUCCAUGGGAUACCAGACAACGUGUCUAA